GAUAUUAUACCACUUCUCGUAAUACUAAUUUAACCGCACAUCUCGAUCACCUGCACUCGUUUCCUGGACAGACACCUCUCAAAAUCAACGACGCGAAUAUCUCCUGGUUGAAAGUCAUACAGCCAGCCCCCUACUACCUAAAGUCACACGCGUCUACUAUGUCAUCACGGAAUCGCCAACCGAGGGCAAGCUUGAAUCAAGAUGCGGAUGAAGAGCGCAGGCUGUGGAAUACGAUUACAGACCGUGUGAAACAAAUCGAUAGUAUGGAGGCACGAUCCGCAGCUAUCGGUGCUGAAAUCAUGGAUGUGGAAAAGCAGCAGGCUACUCUCAUAAGCGCAGACAAACUCUCCGACAUGGCUCUCGAUGAACGGCUAGAAUCUCUCUACCGCGAAAAUGUCAAAAUCAGCGAAGAAGUCAGUCACAUUAUAGAUGGCAACUCUGACGACAUGUCUCUUCUCGAUAGCAUCAAGAUUCUUGCCGGACUGCGUGAAGCCUCUGAAGAAUCACUGGUAAACUCUCGCUCGCACAGCAAUUCAAAAGGCCGUAAUGCGACUAUGAAGAGGAAAGCAGGGAGCAUGGAUGUGGAUGAUGAGGCAAGUCACGUAGGGAGUCCGCGGCCAGGGCAAAGGCAAGCUACGGAUAGACUAGCCGUCGAGGGAAAGAGUCGAGAGAGGAAUCGAGAGAGAAGUGUCACCAGCACGAGGGAAGUGAGCGUGAAGCUUGAAGAUGGAGCCGAGAGUGUGGCAUCCAGUGUCGAAGAUAACGCAGCGAAUGAGCCCAGAACCAGCAGACUACAACUCAGUCUUGGAGCUCACGUCUUCUACCGCAACAAAGGUCGCACUCAAGAAGGUGAAGGCAUACUAUGCCGUGUCACAAAUGUCAUUGGCGAAGGCAAACAACGGCGCUACGAAAUACAAGACGCAGACCCAGAUCCGGUUCCUGGCGGCGAACUUCCACCACCCUAUCGAGCCAGCGUCGCACAUCUCAUGCCCAUACCAACCGAGAACAAAGGUCUCGCAGACUUGAACAAAGGCCGUAACGUGUUAGCCCAGUAUCCAGAUACAACGACAUUCUACAAAGCAGAAGUAAGCGCAAACUGGCGCUCCAAAGACCUAGGCACCGAGCGUGGCGAUUACGUCCGUCUCAGCUUCGAAGGCGACGAAAUGAAAGUCAUGGAAGUGGAACGACGCUUCGUACUCGCGGAAAAGGACAAGUAGUUUGUGAUCUUGAGCCAGGAUGAGAACGCUAACACGGUCACGACAAGGGUCAAGAAGACCAGUUUGGAAGGGGUGAAGCUGCACUCGAAAAACUUGAACAAUAUUUAUGGAUGAGUGGAAGAUCUCAUGCUAGGAAAUGUGAUCUUCCUGAGCCG